AUGUCUUCUAGAGAAUCAACUCCAUUGUCUUUGGAAGACAUUCAUGAAGACACUGUUUCUGAUAAAACUCUAAAAGAGUUGCUCAGAAAAGAAAUUGAACUACAACUUCAAAUUGAAGCUAUUCAAACUGAAAUAACACAACUAGAAGAAAGACUAGGUACAAACAACAAUGAAGAAUUAGACGAACAAGAUUUGGAAGAAUUUGAAGCACCAGAAUGGUGUAUUCCUAUUAAAGCUAAUGUCAUGACAUAUGAUUGGGAUUCACUAGCAAAAGAGGUUCAAUUUGAUGUCAUCGUUACCGACCCACCAUGGCAACUAGCUACUCAUGCUCCCACGCGAGGUGUUGCUAUUGCAUAUCAACAAUUGCCUGAUAUUUGUAUUGAAGAAAUUCCUAUACCCAAACUUCAAAAGAAUGGCUUCCUCUUUAUCUGGGUGAUCAAUAACAAAUAUGCAAAGGCAUUUGAAUUGAUGGAAAAAUGGGGAUACACCUAUGUUGAUGAUAUCACCUGGGUCAAACAGACUGUCAAUCGUCGUAUGGCCAAAGGUCAUGGUUACUACCUUCAGCAUGCCAAGGAAACCUGCUUGGUUGGCAAAAAGGGACAAGAUCCUCCCAACUGUCGACACUCGGUUGGAUCUGAUGUUAUCUUUUCAGAAAGAAGAGGUCAAAGUCAGAAACCAGAGGAACUGUAUGAACUGAUUGAAGAGCUGGUGCCAAACGGCAAAUACUUGGAAAUCUUUGGGAGAAAGAACAAUCUACGUGAUUACUGGGUGACAAUUGGUAAUGAAUUAUAA